AUGUGUCAAAGGGAGUGCGUGUUUUUUGGUUUUAAUCCUAAACUGAAGAAAUGCCGUACCCACAAGAAAAGUCUAACGUCUGGUACGUCUGAGGAGGCCGGCUGGAGAUACUACUCAGAUAACGAUUUUUCUAGCAUGCCCAAAGAUUGCAAAGAUCUUCAAGAAAAUGGACAAACCAUCACAGGGGUGUAUGAUAUAUACCCCUACAGAACAUUAACCAUUCCAAUAAGUGUUUACUGCGACAUGACCACGAUGGGCGAUGGAUGGACGGCCAUUCAGAAACGCGUAGACGGAUCCGUGACCUUUGACAGGACCUGGACGGAUUAUAAGAAUGGCUUUGGUUCACCAGAACAGAACGUCUGGAUUGGGAAUGACGUAAUCCAUAAAUUAACAAAAGAAAAGACCUCAUCCCUGUAUGUAACCAUCACUCUCCAGAAUGGUACAACGCUGUAUGAAAUGUAUGACCGAUUCUCUGUCUCCAAUGAAGCAGGGAAAUACAAACUCUUUCUUGCAGGACCUGCCAGGGGAACUUUAGGGGACGCUAUGUUAGAUACAGGUAAUUCUGCCGGAGAUCUGUCUGGGAUGUACUUCAGUACCCUGGACAGGGAUAAUGACAGGCGGAGUAAUUGUAACUGUGCUGUUGUGUACGGAGGAGGCUGGUGGUAUAACGGCUGUACCUACGCCUCCCUUAACGAUCAAUGGUCCCCGGAGUCCUGGACCAUACCAUGGUAUCCCACAGUAACGAUUUGGAUAUCAGUGAGGGGGACCACCAUGAUGAUCAGACGGAACUAG